AUUGACACCCUGUCCUGCAUGGCCAGAAGUAAUACGACCGACAGUUCCACUCGACCCAACUCUGACCAACAAGAACGGAAGUUGGAGUUACCCGAGGGGGACCAUUUCCAAUGCAAACCAAGUGUUUUCAAAUUGUUGAUGCAGCCAACAAACUCUGUGGACACAGGCUGGUCGUGGGUCAUCUGCUUUGCUUGCGUUUGCGCUUCUUUUAUUAUGGAAGGCUUAUUGUCCGGAUUUGGAGUGCUGUACGUUGGGCUUCUAGGCUUCUACAGCGCUACUAAUGGCACCAGCGAUACUAUUUGUUCUACUAGCAACUCCAGCACGUCAAUGAGUGGAGAAAUUGCAUGGAUUGGUAAUCUGGCCACUCUCUUGUCAUUUCUUCUCGGACCGAUCAUUGCUUCUCUUGCCAGUCGUUGGGGUGUACGACCAUUGUUUAUCUCUGGAGCCGUUGUUUUCUCCGCCGGAAUGUUUCUAACGGCAGUCACCAACGAGAUAUGGCAGGCCAUAUUGGCAUAUGGUCUGAUGGCAGGUUUCGGUAGCUCCAUGAUCAUCACACCCUGCUACGGUUGUCUAGCUCCCUAUUUUCGUAAACGAGCAGCGCUUGCUUUGGGAUUAGUUCGAUCGGGCAGCUGGAUAGGAAAUAUUGCACUAGUACCCAUCACCACUCUCAUCCGAGACACUUACGGUUGGAGAUCUCAGUGCGUUUUCAUGGGAGGCAUCAGUUUGUUGAUGAUUUUUGCUGGAGCAUUGUAUCGGCCGAGAUCUCCGCUCGCACCUACCAAAAAAUCGUCAAUUAAAGACGUCGUGUGUAGCUCCUUCAUCACGCAGAGACACGUCCGAUUCACGGUGUGGGUGUGGUUGCUUUCAUUGCACAGCUUUUACUACUACCUCUCACUCUUCCAUUUGGUUCGACAUGCUGAAUGUAAACUCGAUGAUGUCGACCAUACCAGUGCAACCCUCCUUCUCGUAUACAUUGCAGUCGUUGCUGUGAUAGCUGACGUCAUUGCGGGAAUUCUACAAGAUAAAUUGUUGAGCAACAAACUCCUGCUAUUGCAGUUUUUGAUUUUUCUUGGCGGCGUCAACAACAUGUCGUUUCCGUUUCUCACAACGUACUCGCAUCUGGUCGUAUUUGCUGUGAUAACCGGAGUAGCGGCCGCUUAUCUACCGGUCACGUGCGUCAUUCCGCAGGUGCUCGUUGGCAAGAAAGACGCAGUCAACGCAUUUGGAAUUUACGUACUUUCAUCAGGAAUAACCAGUUCCCUAGGUGGACCCGCAGCAGGAUGGUAUUACGACAGGUACGGUUCAUAUGACGGUAUAUUUGUCAUCAGUGGAGGAAUGUCGGUCCUCUCCUCGAUGCUCAUGUUUUCUGAUAUCUAUCUAAAGAAGUACGCCGUCACUGCUGAUGACGACGAUACCGUAGAAGCGUCACGAGCUGAUGGAGAAGUAUCACGAGCUCAAGACGUCAUCACUAGUAUGGAAUCAUCAGUAUAGCACUAGACCUUGCUGUUUGUAGAAAUCGCAAACUUACAGACUACUGCGCAGUGUCUAGGCAAAAGUAAGUAUCAACAUAACACAACAGCAAAAGAGAAGCUGCAGCAUAGACGUAGAAACCUAUUGUAUUAGUUUUGGUCCAUGGGGUACGUGCACCAUACAAAUUUUGACUACGAAGGCGUGGCAUUGCAUAGCAAUU